CAAGGGCGUUACUGUAAUUUCAAUUUGCAUUUAUAUCACAUAUUUACGCACCUUAAUCUGUUAGGGUUUCCGCUGCAAGCCGUUUCGUCGAGAGCUUCUUCUCUGUACUCUGCCGCCCUUUUGGAGCAGCGGCCAUGGCACCCACCAAGAAGACGAAGAAGAGCACCGAGAGCAUCAACAACAGACUAGCCCUUGUUAUGAAGAGUGGAAAGUAUACACUCGGAUAUAAAACUGUUCUUAGGUCCCUAAGGAGCUCCAAAGGUAAGUUGGUCAUUAUUGCAAACAACUGCCCGCCUCUUCGAAAGUCAGAAAUUGAGUACUACGCUAUGCUGGGAAAGGUUGGAGUCCAUCAUUUCAAUGGAAAUAAUGUUGAUUUGGGAACUGCUUGUGGUAAAUAUUUCCGAGUUUGUUGCCUUAGCAUCAUUGAUCCAGGCGAUUCAGACAUCAUCAAGUCCAUCCCUAGUGAUUAGUACUUGUAUGAAUGAUUGCUUCGAUUCUUCUUCAGUAGUUUUCCUUUCUUUUUUCACUUUGUAAGCUUUGAUCAAAAAAAUGUUGGUGACAAUGUAAUUUUUCAUAUUGGAAAUUUCAUCUCGUUCUGAUGAGCUAUUUGACGAAUGGUUAGCAUGAAUCUUCUUAACUCUAAUUAAGCUUUGUUCACAUUUUUAAAUAAA